AAAAAAUAAAAUCGCACCAUUGCGAGGGGAGAGAUAUUAAAAAAAUAAAGACUUAAAAUUUUUACAACUUGUUAUAAUAUAUCGAUGUAAUAAAUCGAAGUAUAAUCUAAAAUAUCUGUUGCCUAUAAUACCGGCCGGUUGUAACUAUCGUUAUAAUUAACGCCGUGUGCUGCACGCGAUGACAAUCCAGUAUUUAUUGAAAAUAUAAUAAUUAAUCACACGGUGAAAGAGAAGGAAAAGAUAUUACACGUAAGAAAUAUUUGAAAAAAUCGUCUGUAAACCGAGUGGAUGGAAGAAAUAAUUGAAAGAAAAAUUCGUUGUCCAUUAAUCGAGCCUAAGUAACGAUAAAAUAAUAUAAAGCUUAUGUAAAACGUGCGGGAAUUGAAAUUUUUAUUCUAAAUGACAAAGCGUCGAGUACCGCAAGGAUUUCUCGAAACUUCGGUGAAUUUUACCGGUUAGAUAAAAUAAAAAGAAAAAGAGAGCUUCAAAGAGUUUUCACAGUGCAAGGAGUGGUUUUGCUGCAUAACGAGUUGAGUGUGCGCCGAGAUUAAUUGCCGGCGAAAAAGAAGUGUGCUUUAAAAGCAGAGACACGCAUCCCGAAAGGCGGCAGCAGGUUCCUCCCCAGGGAAUUGUCCAGUGAUCGUAUCCCGUAGCCGCAUGAAGAUGGACCUCGGCGAGGAGGAAACGGAAAUUGGGGGAACCCAGCACGGGCAUCAUCCGCACUACACGACUUACGCGAAGCACGACUCCAACGGAGGCGGCAGGGGCGGCGUUCGCGGCGGGGGCGGCGGGGGCGGUGAAGGGGGCGAGAGAAGGAUGGUGGACAUCACAAGGGACAAGCCAAUUAAAGUUUCAGUCAGAGUUCAAGUCCCCGUCAGGGAUCAUCCAAAGUUCAACUUCGUUGGAAAACUCCUGGGACCUAAGGGCAAUUCUCUGAAGCGACUACAGGAAGACACGAUGUGUAAAAUGGCUGUUUUGGGACGCGGUUCCAUGAAGGACAGACAAAAGGAGGAGGAGCUGAGACUCAGCGGCGACGCUAAAUUCUCACACCUAAUGGAGGACCUCCACGUCGAGAUAUCGGCGUACGCAACACCGGCCGAAGCUCACGCGAGGAUCGCCUACGCGCUGGCUGAAGUUCGCCGAUUUUUGGUUCCGGAUUACAACGACGACAUCAGGCAGGAACAAAUGUGGGAAAUGCAGAUCCUAAGCACACAGGGACGCGAAGGCUCGCAAGCUGCGGAGGCGCCCUCCAGUCCUGAACUCAGCUCGGACGCGGCGAAUUCUCCAACCGCUGCGACCACGGCGGCGUCCAUCGAAGGCCAAGACUCGACUCCAAGACCAACACCGUCGCCGCCGAAUCCGGCGACCCUCAAAACACAGGGUACCGUUCUUCAGACCGUAACAUCAACGCUAGGGGGCCGGAAGCGACCGCUACUACCUGGAGGUCGUCCAACAAUGUCGCCGACGAAGCGGACCGUGAUGUCGCUCCUGGCUCGGGCUCGUGCGGCCCAAAACAAAGAGCCGCUUCCGCCGCCACCCUCAAUUGUGGGAGCGGCACACCCUGCGCACCCAACGCACCCUCAGCCUCCGGCACCACUCAUUCAAGCCGCGCUCCAGCUUCCAGCCGGAGCUUUGCAGCCUGGAACUCAGGCCCCGGUUGGGCCCCAAGUGUCCCAGCUUCAGUUGGCGGCGGCCCAAGCGGCCUCUCCUCACACCACGGCUUCCCAGCGACAGUCCAUCCUGCCGCCACAUACCCAGCACCAAGUCAUACCACCGGCGAUACAUGGCCUGCUUCACGCGCAUUUCAGGAGGGCCGCCGCUGGGGCGACGGUGGUUCCCAUCCUGCGGGAGGAUUUCAUGGCGGGAGUCAACCUCGUUUAAGCUACUGUUUUCACCAGGUCCAAAAUUUCCGAAUAGUAUAAUUACUUGGCCCGCAGAGUUCAGCGGCGAAGUGACCGUACGCCAAUGCCAAAAAGUAAGAAUAUGAAGAAGAAGAAGAAGAAGAAAAAGAAGAAGAAGAAGGAAACGGAAUUGAGGAAUAGGAAGAAGGGUAAUAAGAGGAAAAAUAACAACGCAUUAAUUAUUAUCGAGUCAAAUAUAAGUACUAUUAUAAUAAAUUGAAAAACUACGUUUUAAGCGAUUACGUAGGUAAGCGAUCAUACCUAAUAACACCUACCUAUAUCUAUCUCUGUCUACGUUUUCCGCUACCACAAACAAUAUGAUUAUACCUGUAUUCAUAUUGAUGCAAAUUAAUGCUUUUGGAAUCAAAUUAAUUGCACACAACGUUACUAAAAGGAUAAAUUGUCAUAUACACACUAAAUACCUAGUGCCGUGUGUUGUAAUAUGUAUAAAAGAAAUUGAAGCAAAGUUUAUAAGUGUAAAGGGAUCGCUUAUAAUUAUUAUAUACACACACACACACAUAUAUAUAUAUAUAUAAUAUAUUCAAGACAAAACAAAACACGGCGCAUUUCGCACGGACCAAUCAGCACCCUCUUUUGCUAAGGAUGUAGAUACUCCUCUCCCAUUUAUUUCACUUUUAUUACCAUGUAUUAUAAGACGAUUUAUUUCUCCGUUCCAUUUUUCACCUGCUCUCACGUCUCAUAAUUCCUCUCACAGCUGUUAUCGAUUUUCAUCCAAACGACUGCAGCUCACCACCAUCUUUUUCUCACUUAAAUAUGCCAAGUUUGUCGUUCAUAAUUAAUAGCAAACGUAAACUCGAAUGGAUAAAUCUAAUCGUAAAAAUAACUAACUAUUUGUGUAUAAUAGGUAAAUUUGAAUUUCUUAAAACAAGCGAGAUUCAGCUUAAAAAAAAAAAAAAAAAAAUACGUUCUACGAAUAUGCAACGUAUACUAUCAAAAAGCAUACUUGGCAAACAUGUACCUAAACAUAUAUAUGCAUAGGCAUGUAUUAUAAUUGCAUUCGCAAUCCAUCGAUCCUCUUGUAUUAGUUAUUAUUCUGAAUUGUUAUAUUAUAUAUUAUUGUUCUUACAUUAUGUACGAAUCGAUCAGGGCUUUGUAACUUGUUAUUAUAAAAUUUACAUUACGUACCGAUAAUAUUACUAAUCGAUGUGCAACACGGGCACCAUUGAUGGAUAUACCCUGUACGUCUUACGUGUAUAACUUAUACAAUGCUUGUUAAAAAACAAAGUCAAGUACCAUUAUACCUAGAGAGAAAACAGCUUUCAGAUUCACGUGGUGCUCAUAAUGUGAAAAUCCACAUAACGUGAAUUUUGAAAAUUCGACAUGUACGCUCAAGGUAUAACAUGAAAUUUGAUGCUUUUGACGAAUAACGCAAACUUCGUUUCUCCAACUGUUUAGAAUCUUAUCAACGUUUUUCUAGUCGAGAGAAAUCUAGUUUGAUAUCCCGUGAUAUCAGUUGAAAUAGAUAGGUAAGGUGUCGUAGAAAAAUGGUUAGUGAAAUCAGGUAUUUACAAAAAUAUUGUUUGUCCUCCGGACUAUCCGUAAUAAAUUUUAAUAUUUUAAAAUUUCUCGGUCAAAAUCAGCCCGCGGUGUUAUUCAAAUUUUAAAAAUAAUUACGAACAAACUCCCUGUACAUAGAUAAAUUAUAUAUUUUAUUUCUCACCUACACGUAUAGCGUUCGGUUCACAAAUUAGAUUCAGUAUAAAUUUAAGAUUCGUAUAAGAAGGGUUGGACGAAAAGAGAACGUGAGAAGGUAAAUUAACAUAAAAAAAAAGAAUUAAAAAAAAAAAAUGAGAAAAGACGAAGAAAUCGUUACCUAAUGUAAUUACUAAUUAGUGAUACUACAUAGAAUUAUAUGCAUAAUAUAAUAUACACACAAUUACAUGACGAUAUUAGAAAAAGUACAAUUCUGAACAUUGUUUCGCUCUGUGUACAAUAAAUGUGCCCUUAUUCCGUUUUCGCAGUAAGAAAAAAAAAAAAACGAAAAAAACGAAAAAACAAAGAAAAACGAAUGUUUUAUCGGUCUCUUAUUUCAUUUACUUAUAAAUAGUUUAUUACAAUUUUUUUUUUCGCUCUCAAUUUUGGCGCUUUUUAUACGUAAUACAUACAAAUACGUAGUGACAUUAUACGACGUAAUUCGCGUUACUCAUCGUCAGAAUUUCACAAUCAGUCGCGCGAUUCAAUAACUAGAAAUACGUGAGUUGUUCGUUUCGGUUUCACCAUUAGAGAGAAUAGAAGGGGAAGAAGAAGAAAAAAAGAAAAAAAAAAACACCAACACAUCUCACACUGCACGUACAUAUCGAAGUAACUAUUAGAAAAUAAAGUCGGUGUUUCAAGUUGAAUUUGUGCCACCAGGCAGCUUGUUGUACGGUAUUCGCUUACUUCGCUUUGGAAUAUUGCAUUUAAUUUAUUAAAUAUUGAUUAGUAGUCUCAAUCGCGGUUACGUCAAGCGUCCUCGGAGUUAACGGCGGGCGGUUGAUAAUUAAGCGAAAUUUGAAUAUUUGAAGGAGCAAGUUGACGAAUUCUGCGUUCAUAAUUAUAGGAAGUAUCGAUUUUACCACUCAGCUGUGGUAUAAAAAAUAAUCGGGAAUUUUAACCGUUGUUUUUAUCGCUGUAAUGAAUGCAGGAACGUAGUCCAAAGGAGCAACGAAUUUUCUAAGUGUUCUAUUCUUUUACACGUAUCGAUGUAAAGUCUAUUGAUUCGUUGUCCUUUAGUCGGAUAAAAUUAUCGAGUUUGGCAUAUUGUAUGUUACCAUUUAAAUAGUGAGAAAUAAGGAAUUUUAGACAAUUGUGGUACGUAUUGAUUAAUUAAAACGUAUGGCGAACGCGAGGAAUAAGCCGCGCUGCUGGCAUGAAAUUAACCGAUUACUAAUUAACUGUUAGACAAAAUAAAGAUUAAUAUGAAAAAGAAAAAAAAGAAAAGUUUUUAGACAACUUACUAUGUAGUUACAUAUUAUAUUA